AUGUUCACCAAUGCCGCGAACACGACACCGGCCGUGCCCUCUCGCAAUGCCCUGCGGGUUCUCCGUCAAUUGGCUUUCGCCGGGUCUACAGUGGGCGGUUUCUGCGCUGUUGCAGUGAUCACUUAUGAUGUCCAUCGCCGGGUUCGUGUUGCCGAGCAGAUCGUCGAGAAUAAACGUACCCUUCACACCUCUGCGCCGAACUAUGAUGCGACUGCCUCCGCCCAACGCCUCGCAGUCAUGAUGGAGGCCGCUGAAGCCGGUGAAUUCAUGGGCCUGGCGUCUUUGAAAGACAAAAGGUCAUCACGGGUUGACGGUGAAAAGGAAGCUCUCGACGAGAAGACCAAUGUUAAAGAUUCAUCUCGGCAUCGAACUGGCUCUACUCCAAAGUGGUCACAGCUUGGCCCGAACCGGAUACCCGUGAAAAAUGUCCCCGACAGCGCCGCCGACAUGCGUGCUCGAGCCGAAAACCGACUGGCCCUGGCCCGAGAGGCCCGAGAGGCCGACAAAGCACGCGCAGAAGGUGAACUUCCGCUCGAAGACCGAAUCCGUGACUUGAUUCAAGACAACCGGGAGAUUGAAGCUGCACAGGUUUUCAUGGAUAAUGUUCAAGUGUCGGAGGGCGCCAAGAUUUCCUCGGAAAGGAGAGAGCUCAUGCGCCGCCUGUUCGCUGUGAACUGCAUGAAGGGAAACAUAUUCAUUGCACGGUCUUUGUUCCAGUAUAUGGAGAAAGUAACAUAUCUUGAUUCAGAAGUUUGGUCGACCAUGAUGCACCUUUUAGCCAAGGAAGGACACGUCGAAUCUGUGGGAGCUCUCUUCGAAAAACACCAUACGAGACUGACAGUUCCGGCUCAUAUGCUGGAAGUUGUCAUACGGAGUCUUAUUGAAUCACGGAGGUUGACUCUGGCCAAAUUUCUCUUCUAUGCACGCAUCAAGCACGAUGAGAAUGGCGGUUUGUGCGGUGCAUACCUCGAUGGAAUAUGGAGGAAAACUCGGAAAACCCAGCUGCUGAGGACAGAAUUUAGUAAGAUUUUGCAGGCUCUCACCGAUCUGAAGCGAGGUCCAACCGAGAAAGUCUUCAACCCCAUGGUCAAGGCCUACAUCGAAGCUGGGAGCUUUGAAGAAGCCGAAGCCUUGGUUGCAGCAAUGUCCUCUGAGUUUAAUGUCAACCCUGGAUGCCGAACUUUGGGGCUACUGGCGUAUGGUAAAGCCCUGAUGUGCGACUGGGAGGGUGUCAUGAGCGGGCUGCGCGAAAUGCACAAGCUAGGGUUCACCAAGGACAAGAAGAGUUUCGCGCAGGUUUUCGAUCGUAUUUUUCUGGAAUACUAUCCCGCACAUGCCGGCUCCCAAAUAUUUGACUUUCUCAUGACUUGCAUCAGUGAGUUCAAAAUUCGGCCCGACAAAAUUCUUCACCGACAUAUACUCGAGGCGCUGGUUGAGAGAUGCGAUUCUAGCUGCGUUAGCAAGCUUAGCACCAUGGCCGAGGAGCGUGAAUGGAACACGGGCCUCGAGCAGUAUCAAUUCAUCAGAAUUCUGGAAGCACGUCGCGUGUCAAUGCAGGACUCGCCAGUGGGCCUCUGGCGCAUGCUGCAGGCCGCAAAGCAACAAUAUGGAACUGUCGCUAGCAACCGGCGUGUCAUGGGAUCUGGCGCUGACAAUUAUUCUUUGCGAGACAAUGUCUUGCAGCCGAUCCACCUUGAUGCCGGUGAAACCUUUCCCGAAACCAUGAAGAACCUUGUGGUGAAGAAGUCCAUGAACACUCACAUGUCACUGUCAAAGCGACAAGAGCACUAUAUCCACGCGGGAAAUUUCCGCAAGGCAAUAUCGUGCUUCCAUCAGGCGAACAAAUCUGGAUACUCGAUCAAGCCGAUCCACAUCCAACUGGCUGUCAUUGCCAUGGUCCUUGAAGAUGGCAUCUCUGGCCUGGAAACAACCCAGAAGUUCAUCAAGACUGAAUGGACGUACUGGUCCAGGAUCCCAAGGACUCAAUUCAGCCCGCGUUUCCCUCGCUUUGUCCCCAUCUUCUUCCAGCAAAUUUUACAGGUUGAACGCGGCCUCACCCGUCAGCCAACUUUGAUCAGGAUGGCUUUGUUCGAAUUCUACAAACUCUGUGAUGAUACGCCCAAACUCAAUGUUAAGCACCACGCAUCCGUGGCAAUGUCCCGACGCCUGAUCAUGAAAGGGCACCCCAACACCGCAAUUAAGGUUCUCACAGCGAUCUACCUGUCGAAAUGGCGGAAAUCCCACGGCUUCGACCAAGUGCAACUCAAAAUCCUUAUGCGUGCUUUCGCGACACUUCGUCACGUCAGGGGCAUGUGGUGGUGCAUGAUGACAGUCCUCUCUCGAAAUGAGCCCAUACUAUACGAUUUUGUUGUCGAGGCAAAGCGCCUGAUGCCUAUGGUGGAGGCAUACCAUCAGCAAGACUCGAGGCCACAGAAAGAACAUAACAUCAAGUCCUUGAUGAUGGUCAUGAGCGCGCUGGACGAGAAGGCCGCCGGCCGGCUAUUCUGGAAGGACCUCCAUGCAUGUCCUGAAAAGAAAGUUCAAAACCGGGCGAAGGUUGCCUUGCAGACGCAGGAAGAACAUGGUUGGCUGUCGUCUAUGAGCAUCGAAGCUAUGGUCGAGGUCUUCGAUGAGGAGAUGGAGAUGGAUUUCUUGCAGAAGCGCAAACAGUUCGAUCUUGACACACUCCAGGGAUUUUGGGAUGAGAAUCGGAUGGUCACUGAACGUCUCCCACAGCCUGAAGAUGCUGCAUACCCGGAGACAAUGAAAUGUCCUGACCCUCUUAGAGGUGUAUAA